AUGGCAAUAUCUUCUUGCUCAAUCGAGUAUAAGACGACAAAAAUGCAGCUCGUCACCCUUUUGGCCUUUGCCCUGCCCGCCCUCGCCGCCCCUGGCGUUGAGCAGUUCCGCCGCCCCGGCGCUUCGGCCACGCAGCUCAACUGCCCCACCAACGCCGUUCAGGAGGACGGCCUGCUCGGCGACAACUACGUCAAGCCCGCCCUCCUCCUGCCCUUCGCGGCCAGCCAGCCCGACCGGACCUUCAAGCCCACGACCUGGGCCACCGUGACCCCCAACGACAGGUGCACCAUCUUCAACCUGGAGCUGCCGGCCGAGCAGACCAUUGGCAAGAACUGCAGCCUGGUCUUUGACUUCCCGGCCUGCGACACCUCGCGCUACCGCUUCCAGGGCCCCGGAAACUUCCUGUUCCAGCCCUACGCCAUCGGCUCCGGCGCCGUCGCCGGCAACACCACCUACAACAACCAGCCCCAGAAGCUGGGCAACCUCCCCGACCGCCAGCUCCUGCCCGGCAACAGCUACGUCAUCAACACCGGCUCCUGCGAGAUCCCCGCCGGCACCCCUGGCCAGGUCACCUUUGCCGGCAGCCUGUGCUCGCCCGACUCGUCGCUUACCUUCCGCCAGGACGACCAGCAGUGCCCCCUCGGCUUCUUCGUCCUCCUCAGCGAUGCUUGA